AUGCCUGGAUCUGAAGCCAGCGACGAAUUCGGCGACGAUGACUACAUCGUUGAUAUUGACUGCAUUCAAGCUCAUGGAAUUGGCGCUGCAGAUAUCACAAAGCUGAAGGCGAAUGGAUUCUUCACUAUUGCUUCGAUCCACGGGGCAACGAGGAAAACUCUAUUGAAGAUCAAGGGUUUUAGUGAGAUCAAGGUGGAAAAGAUCAAAGAGGCUAUCAACAAGUGUUUGCCUUCGGCUUCGGGUUUCAUAACUGCAAUGGAACUCAGCCAUCAACGAAAGAGAGUUGUCCGUAUUUCCACUGGCAGCAAGCAAUUUGAUUCGAUCCUUGGAGGUGGUUUCCAGAGUAUGAGCAUCAGCGAAGUAUUCGGCGAGUUCCGCUGCGGCAAGACCCAACUCUCCCACACCAUGUCCGUUGUCGCACAGCUUCCCAAGGACAUGGGCGGUGCAGAGGGAAAGGUAGCUUACAUUGACACAGAAGGCACAUUCCGUCCUGAGCGCAUUGGGCAGAUUGCAGAACGGUUUGGAGUUGAUCCUGACUCUGCUAAAGAGAACAUUGCUUAUGCCCGUGCUUUGAAUAGCGAGCAUCAGCUCGAGUUGCUAAACACUCUUAGCAAAGAGUUUGUUGGUGGGGAGUAUAGGCUGCUGAUCAUCGACAGCAUUAUGAACUGUUUCAGGGUUGAUUUCUGUGGACGUGGAGAGCUAGCGGAUCGCCAACAGAAGCUCAAUCAGUUCCUGAUGAAGCUCGCUCAUAUGGCCGAAGAGUUCAAUGUGUGCGUCUUAAUGACGAACCAAGUUCAGAGUGAUCCUGGUGCCAGUGCGCUCUUCUCUGGAGCUGAUGGCCGUAAGCCUGUCGGUGGGCAUGUUCUUGCUCAUGCUUCAACGACUCGAGUUCUGCUUCGGAAAGGUCGCGGCGAGGAGCGCGUGGCAAAAAUCCAGGACUCACCAGACUGUCCUGAGCGUGAGGCGACAUAUCUGAUCACCAAUGGCGGAAUUGACGAUCCCGACAAGUUAAUUGUUGAUGUUGUCGAUCAUUCGAAGAAGAGCAAAAUGAAGAAAAAUAUCGAGAUUGCAGGCUAUAUAGCCCUGCCCCUCAACCUCCCAAGCACUGGCGCUUUUUCAACAACUGCAACACACUACCUCUACCUCCGCCCGCAUGAACCACGCAUCCCCGACGCUGAUACACCCCGUUCGCUCUUCCUCGUCAACAUCCCCAUUGACACGACAGAAACACAUAUACGCCACUUAUUUGGCACGCAACUUUCUGCCGGCCGCGUUGAACGCGUCGAGUUUGAGGCCGCACGUACAGGGAAGAAGCAUGGCGCCGCGCAACUGGCCCUCGUGCAAGGCACGAAUGUUGCUAAGAGCAAGAAACGUAAGCGCGUGACGGCGGAUGAACUCGAGAACCGGUUGGAUAAUAUUUCGCUUCCGUCGACAUGGGACCGUCAGCUGCAGCGCAGCGGAUCGCAUGCGGUAGUGGUUUUCGUUGAUAAGGCUAGUAUGGAUGCGAGCAUGAAGGCGGCAAAGAAGGCAGCACGGAAGUCUACCACUAUUACCUGGGGCGAAGGUAUUGCGGAUCGAAUCCCCUCGCUAGGCCUUCAGCGUUACGUCUACCACCAGCGAGCGUGCUACCCACCUCGUGCUGAACUGCUGCGCGCGGUGAACGAGUAUAUGACUGUCUUUGCGGAGGUUUCGGAGGCUAGAAAACGAGAGGCUGCGCGACGUGCGGCGGAGCCCGACGAGGAUGGCUUUAUUACUGUUACAAGUGGCCCAAGGCUUACCUCCGCAGCUGGAGAGGAGGAGGCGAAGCGGUUGAUUGAGAAGCAGAAGAAGCAAACGGAAGGGUUUGGGGACUUCUACCGGUUCCAGUCUAGGGAAAAGAGGAAGGAAAGGCAGAUCGAUUUAUUGAAAAAGUUCGAUGAGGAUAAGAAGAGGCUGGAGGAGUUGAAGAUGCGGAAGGGGAAAAUUCGGCCUGAAUGACGGGUUUCGUUCACUUGAUGGUUUCAUAUGGUUUAGCACGGCGUUUGGAAGGUACAAAAGGUCUUCAUUGCGUUGAUCAUCUGGGCCGACGGAUUUCUGUGAUGUGAGCUUGCUUGAUCGCAAUCUGCUUAUUAUCAGCUGCACUGGACUAUAGACAGUGUCCUUUCCGCAAUG